UAAGCAUGUGGGCAGUAAACAUGUUGGCAUGAUGAAGUUAAAACCGAGAGCGUCGUGUUUAGUUAUGAUCCGAUAAUUGAAUAUUUAUGAAUGAAUAUUGUGUGUGUUCUCAGCAGGCUCGUGUUACACUGCCUGUAACUGCCUGUAACAUUGCUGUGUAGUAAUAAUGGAGUCUCUCUACAUUCGAUUUGACUCGUAUGACUUUGACAGCGAUGCUCGAUUUCAAGACGGGCUGAAGAAAGUAAACACGCCGACAUGUAAAGAAGAUUUACUGAAGCUAAAGAUCUACUUUUAUAACAGGGCCAUUCUAUGCAGCAGCGAAUGGUUUUCAGGUGAUGAGAACUUCAACCAGAAGUCGGGCAUAAGGUUGGAUAAAAAUGUAAGCAGGGACUUUGCUAUGACUGCAUAUCUAAAAAGAGGUCCCGGAAAGGAACACAGACAUGAGGGCACAGACAAAAUGUUUUUUGAACCAAUUGACCUGAGUGGUUACAAGGAAUGGUGUGCUGUAUCGGAUAAAUCACACCAGGCUGCUGAGGAGAUGAGCAGUGUUCAAGAUGACUUUGGCACAAGUAACUCUGAGAAAGUGAUUCUUCCCCAGACAGACAUGGAGGCCAAAUCAGCACAGAACAUCCAGCUAUCUUUUGCAGAAGUGUUUCAAAUGAUUCAAGAAGGAAAAGAGAUUCCAGGACUCCAAAAGCUGGACAUCAAACCUUGUAACCAACUUCCCACUUCAUCGCAAAUGCCAAGGAAGUUAAAACCUUGGGAGAAGUAGCUAAAGCAGAAUCGUGGAUUAUUGAACUGUAUGGAAAAAUGGUGCCAGUGAGAAUUUGUUUUCCCUUUUCUAGCUGUGCUUCAUAUUAAUUCAAUGUAAAUAUUAAUUCAUUUGUAAAAGUCAUCUUUUGUAAUUAACAAUGUUAUACCUUAUGCUAUAAUUUCUUUCUAAUCUUAUAUAUUUAUGAGGAUUAAUAUAACUCCUAUCUUUCUCUGAAUUUUAUUGUUCUUUGCUUAUCAAAUGAUUAUACAAAGUUCUCUUUUACAAGCUUUAGUUUCAGGAUUUUAAAGCUUUCUUUAGUAAACUAUUUUUUAAAAUGAGCUUCCCAUGUAAUGGAAACAUUACUGUAGAAUUUGGUUUCCUGUUUGCCCCUUUUUUGUUGUUGGUGACCCUUAAGAAGCGCAGAAAUGAGGACCUGUGUGAUGAAGGGUAGGUUGGUGUGUUCACAAUCCUUUACACAAAAAUUGAGAACAUUAUUUUUAUAAACUUCAUUGAGGGGGCAUAUAAAGUUGUGUGUAAUCAACAUUAAUCAAUAAUCAUUGUACAGCCAUUGCUGCUGUUCCUUUAACAGUUUUGUCAGCAGUAGUGCCCAUGAUGCAUCACUUGUAUCAUUAGAAUUAAACACACUGUAUGUGAUGGUGAGUUACAAUAAGAUGCAUAUAGGGAGUAAGAUGUGCCAAAGUUUUUCUAUUAUUUUCAUUUAUAUUAAAUUCCACAAAUCCAAAUUCAGAGGUAAAACAUGUCUACUUUAUAUAAACAUCAUCGUUAGUGGCAAACUGACAAGUUCAUCUUGUCUGCGAAGAUUUAGGAUACAAAUAGUGCACACACUGUCCUUUCCAGCUUGCCCUUCUCCUGCCAGAGUUCCCAGGUGUGUUCAAUCUGCUUAGCACUGGAGGUGGUGAUGUUCAUUCUGCAGCUACUACUGUUCCCUGCUGACUAACCGAUUCUCUGAGGGAAGCCAUUCAAGAAUGUUGCUGUCUCUGAGAUGGCACUUUUGCCAAGAUUUUGUUGGCACAGCUUCAGCGUUGAGAGAAAUGCAGCAAUUAGAGACAACCUGAUAGCCAGUUUAGAUAAAUACAUACUUCAAACAUACAUUAGUGUUUCUUUAAGCUUAGAUGACUAUAUUAUACAGUCCUAUAAUAUAGUAAUUAAAAAACAUAGAUGAGUCCCGUUUUUUUUUUAAUUAAAUGCUAAAGCAAAAAACUAGGACUGUCAAAAUUAACGCGUUAACCAAAAUCAUUUUUAACGGCGCUAUUUUUAUUAAUGUGCAAAUAAUGCAGCAUAGAUUUUUGUUUAACAAUUUAUUAUUUAAAAUAGAAAUAAAUAAAUAUAAAAGAGGCUAAAUUAAAACCAACGCAACACAUUUCACGUCACCCUUUCUUUACUUUACACAAACUUACAUUCCUGUCACUUCAAAUAAUAAUUAAUUAUUUCAUACUUAAUCUGUGUUGAACUGUUUGAACUCAGGGUUAUACUUAACACAAACAUUUUUAUGAUAACCUUUGAUUUAUUCAGUUCUAUUCAUUAUAGUUUUGCAGCUGAGUUUCCUAAGAGUUAGAAGCAUACAUUUUUCACAUUUCAUUGUCUGCUGAAGCAUUAAGGUUUCUCUUUGAAUGGAACUAAGGGGCCUAAACCUGUACUAAGCUCUGAGCUUACUUUACAGCUUUCCCUUCUGUACUAAAGCUGAACUCCACCUGUAAACGCUGUUUAGGAAACUGCCAGCCUUCACCCAAUAGCACCUUACUACAUCUAUUUCCAGAAUUUUUUGCAUCUACUUGUGUAUGAAUCGCUGCAUGCAUGGGCACAAAUAUCCCAACCGAUAUAAAAUAAUAUAGCAUUUUUGUUGUUUGGUGUUUACAUAACUUUAGCCGAAUAGUGUAUUUGUGAAUAAAUUUGAAUGCUUUCUUUUGUUA